AUGACCGCAACUCUCAACACCUACCCCGCCAUCAACGGCGUCAGCAGCGUUCACCGCGUCUGUAAAACGAACGGCAGUUUCCGCCCCGAGGUCGACAGCAACAGUGUCCCCACCGAUGGCAAGUACUUGACUUUGAAGCUCGCCAUGGACGGCAUGGCUCCCCAACCCUGCUCCCCCAACUUUAUUCAGACCACGAAGGGUUCAACUUAUGACGGUUUCCCGAAGUGCCUCACUCUCGCUGUUUACAAUGCCGAUUGA